AUGCGGCAGCCGCAGGAGAAGGUGGCCUCCGCGUCGGCGGCCGCGCUGGCGGUGUCGCUGCCCAUCCUCUACGCUUCCCUGCUCCACCUCCCGCCGGCCGCGCUCGCCAGGGACACCACGUUCUGGUUCCUCCUGUCCAACUCCAUCAUCGCCGUCAUCGCCGCCGCCGACUUCGCCGCUGAUGCCUCGUCGCGCCGCCGCCACGAUGAGAUGCCCUCCCUCCUCGCCGCCGUCGUCCCUGCUGCUCCUCCAGCGGUUGAUCAGCUCCCGGCAGCAGCGGCGCCGGUGGUGGCCGUAGCACGAGAUGAUGAGAUCAGCCGUGACACGCCGCCGACGCCGGUGGUGGCGACGCAGUCCCCGGACGACGUGCCGGCGGUGGCGACGUCGUUAGUUGCCCCGUCCUCUGACGACCCGCCGGCGGUUAACACCUCCUCCGACGUCACAGUCGAGGGUGAGAGACCAGGUCGGCAGCCACAAGACGCAGCAAAGACCACCGUCACGGACAACGGCGGCCACGGAGAAGCUUCCCAAGGAGACGAUGAAGACGAAGCAGCAGCAAGAGAGGCCACGACGGAAAAGAAGGAGGAGGAGACGCUGCUGGUCGUCGUAAGUCCCUCGUCCUCCUCAGAGCACCUUGCAAUUGUUACCUACGACGCCGCCGACGACGACGACUCUUGGUCGUUUGGCGUGGAAGACGAAGGGACAGCAGUGCCGUGGGGAGGGCCGCCGGCGCCGACAGGCAGCGGCAGCAAGCAGUACUGGAAGCUGAGCGACGAGGAGCUGAACAGGAAGGUGGAGGAGUUCAUCACGCGGUUCAACCGAGAGAUGAGGCUGCAGGUCCUGCAGGGAGCCGGAGUCUGAUAUACUCGCUCCCUCCCUCGCACUACGGCUUCACCCCCGGCCCUUUAUACGACAAUACGUGCAUAGCCAUAAUAGCAUUAUAUACAUCCAUGCUCUAUAUGUAUAUAUAUACACACCUACAUAUAUACAUGUAUAUGCAAGCUAGCUCAUUAUGUUAUUAUUGAGUUU